UAUGGCCAUCACUCAGCUUACCAAAGACCAGCAUCAGUUUGGGGAGACAGAUUCUCUGAGUGCCGACAUAGUCGCAAUCCAUGGCAUUCUGGAAGACGGCCUACAAACGUGGACGGAGCAGAAAUCGAACAUUCUGUGGCUCAGAGACCUGAUACCACACGACCUUCCCCGCGUUCGGGUUCUAUCUUACCGGUACAAAGCGGCAGCAUUGACGUCUCCAGGAGAGGGAACAACUGAUCGCAUACUCGCUCAAGCACAGACGCUCGUCGCCGAACUGACUGCGAACCGCCAACUGGAUAACGCCUCGACCCGGCCCAUCAUCUUCGUAUGUCAUGGUAUUGGAGGCCUUCUAGUCAAGAGAGCACUUGUGCAUUCCAACUCGAAGCGAAGUAAGGCUCUUCAGCACCUCCGAUCCAUCUACACGUCGACUUAUGGAAUCUUAUUCCUCGGAACGCCGCAUCUUGGCAUUAGAAAGGAAACGGUCUUGCAGUCCCAAGAUGGUAACAGCCCGGGACCGAGCCAAUUCGCUAUCAAUUUGAUCAAAGGUUCUGAAAUGCUUAAUGAGAUCACAGACCUAUUUGCACCCGUCGCAAGUCGAUUCGCGAUAUAUAACUUUUGGGAAGAUCCGGAAACCUCUUCGAGUAGCCACGAAGCAUACAUAGUCGACCAAGAGUCCUCUGCGCCUACAUGGAGCGAUGUCGAAAAGUGCGGGAUCCCAGGGACUCACUCGUCAAUGGUAAAGUUCGGAAGUCGUCUAGACACAGGAUACCGUGUUAUCCUAGAAGCCAUCUCACGUUACGUUCGAUAUGCACCAGCAUUGAUAGCAUCAAGAUGGAUGGACGAACACAAGUCAACAAUGAAGGACCGCCAAAGAGAAGCAAAAGAAUUGCUACGACCUGACUCUACGUUGAACCUCUUCGAAGAUUCUUUGGUUCGCAAUAUAAACGAGUGGUAUAUGGUCCCUCGUAAUCCUAGUAUCAAUUUCACUGGACGCCAAAAACAUGCCGAGAGGGUUAAAUACAUGCUAGGGGAAACUUAUAAACCGUCUGAUGGAAAAAGAAGUAAAAUCCUGGUUCUUUUCGGAUUAGGAGGCUCCGGAAAAACCCAGUUUUGUCUCAAAUAUAUCGAAGAUAAUAGGAACUCAUAUUGGGGAGUUUUCUGGAUUGAUGCUAGUAGCCAAAGUAAUAUUGACUCUGGCUUUGCCUCGAUCGGGGAACAAGCGGGACGCAGCCGUACCAAAUCCGCGGGGAUUCAUUGGUUAACGAAAUCUACCAAGCCAUGGCUACUUAUCCUUGACAAUGCAGACGACCCCGAACUUCAGAUUGAGGAACACUGUCCGUCUGGGGGAAGCGGCCACAUACUCGUCACGUCACGUAACCCAAGAGCAGCUGAACAAGCCAGAGUUGGCCAACUCCAGUUUCGUGGCAUGGAAGCUGAAGAAGCCGUGAAUUUUCUUCUCAAGGUAGCUUUUUCUGACGAACAAAAAGACGCCGUGCCGCCGACACCUAAGCGCCGGAAGCUUGCGGAGGGUAUAGCUAUUGAACUGGGGUUUCUCCCUCUCGCACUGGCUCAAGCUGGAGCCACAAUCCGACGCAAUAUAUACACGCUCGAAAGAUAUUUGCAUUAUUAUCUCGGACGACGCAAGAUUACAAUGAGCUAUCCGCGUGUUGAUACGGCGGAUGACGUUAACAUCAUCACAACUUGGGAGAUACCGUUUCAAAGGAUAGUCGGGAGAACAUCUUCUGAUCACCGAGAUGCUGUUGACCUGAUGCAUGUAUUAGCGUUCAUGCAUUUCGAUGCAGUUCCUGACGGUAUCUUCCAGAGCCCUCGAAUGGCUUUGCAGACCACAUCAAGCAGUGAAAAAGAAUCUCCAAUUUUCUUUCAGUCCGUAUGGAACUCGGAUACCGAAUUUCGACAUCGAAAGGCGAUAGGCGUUCUUUGCGACCACUCUAUAAUUGAGUAUGAGCCAUCAAAAUUCAUAUGCUCAAUGCAUCCCGUGAUUCACAAUUGGGCGAAAGAAAGGUUACAAUACUCACAGCAAAAGCAAUGGCUUCAGUCCGCCAUGAGAAUCCUCGCUCAAUGCAUUUCACCGUACCUGGAGCCAUCAGGACGCACAUUUCGAGCUCUACUGAUACCUCACAUCAACGCUUGCCUCCAAUUACACAGUGCAGGGGGAAGAAGUUUACCCGAAACACUCGAGCUUGCAGAAGAAUACGAAAGAUUCUCCUAUGUCUUCAUGGAGCAGUCUGAUUGGGCAAGUGCUCGCAGAUGGCAACAGAAAGUCAUCGCAAUCAGAAGAAAAUUACUUGGUAAACAAAAUCACGAAACACUCCAUGCGCAGCGCAAUCUGAGCCAAACACUGUGGAAUAUGUUCGAAAUUCGAGAGGUGCUGGACACACAAGUGCAUAUCUGGAAAACUUUGAUGUGGCAUAGAGGGUCGGUGAAAGAAUGGGCGACGUGGCCACUGUGGAGCCCAAAUCACUUGCCAUAUCUCGUGGCUCUUGAUGAUCUCACACGUACGUUGUGGCUUGCUGGCCAGAGAGAGAAGUCCUUGAAGGCCGGCGAGCGGGCGGUAGCGGGGUUGACAUCAAGAUUGGGACCACAAGACCCCAAAACAUUGACCGCUAUGUUCAAUCUAGCGCGUACGUAUUUACAUCUGGGGGGUAAACAAGUUGAAUGUCAUCAGCUUCUUGUUCAAGUGCUGAAACUUCAAAAACACUAUUUUGGGUUACAUCACCCAGAUACCAUGAUGACAAGGAAUGAAGUAGGUGUUUCAUUGUGCGCAAGCAAGCGACACCUGUUCGCAGCCCAACGAAUCAUCGAAAACGUACUUCAGGAUCGGCGACGAAUUCUUGGGGCCGAGCAUGCAUACACCUUAUGGUCCGUCAAUGAUCUUUCCAAGAUAUACGUAGAACAGGGUCGACCAGCAGAAGCGGUGCAAGUGCUAGAAGACAUAUUGCCUAUCGUAAAGCGCACUCUGGGUGAAAUGCACGUUGGGAUGGCUUUGACUCGUUCUAACUUGAGCAAAGCAUACUUUGAAGCUGGACGCCCCAAAGACGCCGAAGAGACCGUUCUUCUGAUACUUAACACAACAAACGAAGAUCAUCCUGACCGUAUUCAUACUUUGUACGGUUACGCUCGACUCAAAGUGAAGAUGGGCAAAUUAGAUCAUGCUGAGAAGCUCUGCCUGCAGAUGAUGGAUCUGAUUUCGAGGAAAAAAUUGAUAGCACUCGAUAAUCCUCGGACAAUUGAGAUCGGCGAUCUUCUGAUCGGCAUAUAUCGUUCGCAAGGGCGUGAGAAAGACGUGAACGCUUUGAAGAGCCAAAUACCCGGAACAGAUAUUUCCAAGAAUGUGGAUCAUGUCGAUCCCUAUGCUAUCAGAAAAGGGUCCGGUACGCUCUCAAAUUCCGCUGCAAUGAAAAGUUUCAAUCCACAAAAUCGUCGGAGUAACGUAAAAGUGCAACACGCCGGGAGCUAA